AGCUGUCCAAUCGAAAGGCAUCAACGGGGUCCACGACGCAGGCUUGUGGUGCUCCCAUGGCGCCGUGGCUGCUGCUCCCCUCCUUCCCGUGGCCUCCCCCGCCCCCUCCCGGAUCCUCCUCUGGACGCGGCGGCGGAGGCGGGGGAGGCGACGGCGGAGAUUGGAAGCCGAACGUCGUCGCGGCGGUCGCCGGCGUCCACCUCGGCCGCUCCCUCCGCCGUCGCUUCUCCAGCCUCCUCUGCUCGCCGGAGGUGCGGUCUCUUGAUGUCUUGCCCAGAAUAGGAGACAUUUGGUUUGGAGGAUCACAGCCAAUUGACACACACCAAGUUCUUGGGGCGCUGGGAAAUGUAUUCUCCACAUCGUUUGUUUGCAGCUCUGCUUUGUUCGGUGGGAAUAGGUCAGGUGGGAGAUACGUCGGUAGCGGAAAUUUACAGCCCAGAAGGCCUCGUGGGAUCAACUCGAAGAAGAGGCUGUGGACUAAUGUCCUUCUUGCUGUUAACAUCCUGGCCUAUAUCGCUCAGAUAGCAUCACAAGGAAAGCUUAUUAUGUGGGGAGCAAAGGUCAACAGCCUGAUUGAUAGAGGGGAAUUUUGGCGUUUGGCUACAUCAACAAUUCUUCAUGGAAAUCUUACUCAUCUUGCUUUCAAUUGUUUUUCUUUGAAUUCGAUUGGCCCUACCGUGGAGCUCGUUACUGGCCCUAAAAGAUUUCUUGCUGUUUAUUUCACUUCCGCGUUGGCAGGUUCGCUAAUGAGUUAUCGCUAUUGUCAAUCACCUUCUGUUGGCGCAUCAGGGGCCAUUUUUGGACUGGUUGGUGCCUAUGCUGUUUAUACAUGGAGGCACAGAAAGCUUUUGGGGCAUGGAAGGGAAAGUUUAGAGCAGAUCGCACGUGUGGUUAUCUUAAAUAUGGGUAUGGGUCUCCUUUCAAGGGGCAUUGACAACUGGGGUCAUCUCGGAGGCUUGCUCGGGGGAGUGGCUGCGGCAUGGUUCCUUGGUCCAGCUUGGCAAAAUCAGUAUGUAGCAAAGGAGGGAAGGAUGGUAUUCAAAGACAGGGCGCCCAUUCACCAGCUAAUAGGCGGUAAAAGAUCACGGUAACAGCGUGUAUGAUAACUGAGUUCCUAUUUUUGCUGUAUAUAGUAGCUGAAAAACGCGGAACGGGAAAGAUAAAAGAAAGCAAGAAGGAAGAUUGGUACAACAUACCAAGCAAAGGAGCAGCCGAAAACCAUGGCUGAUACCUAGUUUUGCAGAAGAAAUCACCCACCAUGUGUCCAUGUCCAUGUGUGGCGGCUGCUGAGAUAGCUCUAGCUCAGAGAACACCGGUCCCUCUGUGUUCACUUGAGCUGGCUCCUGUGUUUGGAUCACUUGCAACUGUUACAACUCCGACAGGGUAUGGUCAGGCGAUACUGACAAUUGCAUUUUACAUGUUUAUUUAUCAAGCUUUGCAAGUGCUUCAUUGAUAAUCCUUUGUGUAACUGAAUUCAUCUUGAUCCUGGUAACCGGGUAUUGACGAUUCUUGUCACCGCUCUGUUUUCUUUCAGUAUAUUGGGCACCUGUGCUAAAAUAAACAUAUUGGACAGCAAUGAAAAAUUCAGGACUUGUUA